AUGGUUGAAGAAGAUAGACGAUGGAAGUUGCCGUUUGCUGGUGCACCUUCAAUAGUGCAGGCGCACCAGAAGGAUGAACAGAUUGAGACAAUGUUAUCGGUAAAAGUCAGCGAGUUACUACGGGGGGUAAGAGGUCAGUUGUUCAUUAAUAACUAUCAGAAGGAGAUCUCAGUGGUUGUCAAGCUGAUAUAUUUGGGACUGACGACUGCACUAUCCAGAAGAACAUUGGGUGAGGAAUAUGUCGAUCUGAUAUAUGUGAAUAAACGGGGUUCUCAGUUGGUGAGAGGAAUUAAACGGGUCCUAUUUGUGCUUAGUUAUACUUCUAUUCCUUAUUUGGUCACUAAGCUCUCAAAGAAGGUCAAUAAUAGGAGUACAAAUAAUGAAGAGAGUGAUGAUGGCAACGAGAGUACUUACACCGAUAUUUUGAGUACUAUGAUUGACCUGCAUUUGAUGGUGUUCUAUAUAACUGGUACUUAUUACGAUGUAUUUAAGCGUUUUUGGGGUAUGAGAUAUGCAUUGGGGCAUACUUUAUCACAAGAAGAAGAAAACUAUCGUGAUAAGAGUAGUAAGAGUUACAAGAUUCUAGGUUACAUUAUUCUUUUACAACAUAUUUCUAAAGUUAAACCUAUUAUUAACAAGGUCCUGAGUAUCUUACCGCAGACAAAGGAAACAUUAAAUGCUGGGUCCAAUGGUGUUGGACUAAAAGAAGGAUUUGCACCUGCAGCAACACCAGGGUUAUUGACAGAUGUACCUGAAAAUUUUAACAUUGAUCACAUCAAAUUAAGUAAUGGUAAAGAGCUGGCAUUUAUUCCCACAGAAUCAAGAAAUUGUAUUCUUUGCUUGAUGGAAAUGACUGAUCCAAGCUGUCUACCUUGUGGGCAUGUAUUUUGUUGGGACUGUAUCACAGACUGGACUAAGGAAAAUCCAGAAUGCCCCUUAUGUCGGCAACGUAGCUAUCCUCAACAGGUGUUGGCAUUAAGAGCAUGA